CGCCCCCGCGCGCAGGCGCCUGGAGUGCGCAGUCUCGGGAUCCUACACCGCGUGGAGGGUCUCUGCAGAAGCCCGUGGUGGAGGAGCGUGCCGAUCCUAAGUAAAGGAAAAAUCCACGUUUAGAGGCUGGAAAACGUCCAUAGAUGAUCGAAGAUGUUGGUGCUGUUCGAGACCGCCGCUGGCUAUGCAAUUUUUAAGGUUCUCAAUGAGAAAAAACUCCAGGAGGUGGACAAAUUGUGGGAAGAAUUCCAGACUCCAGAAAGAGCAAAUAAAAUAGUGAAACUCAAACACUUUGAAAAAUUCCAGGACACCACAGAAGCACUGGCAGCUGCCACCGCAUUGGUGGAGGGCAAGAUCGGGAAGAGCCUGAAGAAGGUCCUGAAGAGGGUUGUGGCGAAGGAAGCCCACGAGCAGCUGGCCAUCAGCGAUGCCAAACUGGGCGGCGUGAUCAAAGACAAGCUGAACCUGAGCUGCGUGCACAGCCCAGCCGUGGCGGAGCUCAUGAGGGGGAUCCGGAACCAGAUGGAGGGGCUGAUCACCGGCCUGCCCCCCAGGGAGAUGAGUGCCAUGGCCCUGGGGCUGGCUCACAGCCUGUCUCGGUACAAGCUGAAGUUCAGCCCAGAUAAAGUGGAUACCAUGAUCGUCCAAGCUAUCUCUCUGCUUGAUGAUUUGGACAAGGAGCUGAACAAUUACAUCAUGCGAUGCAGAGAGUGGUAUGGCUGGCACUUCCCUGAACUGGGAAAAAUCAUCACGGAUAACCUGGCGUACUGUAAGGCUAUCCGAAAAAUAGGAGCUCGCACGAAUGUGGCGAGCACAGAUCUUUCUGAUAUCCUGCCAGAAGAGGUGGAGGGCGAAGUGAAAACGGCUGCCGAGAUCUCCAUGGGCACUGAGGUUUCCGAAGAAGACAUCGCCAACAUCUCACACUUGUGUGACCAGGUCAUCGAGAUCUCGGAGUACCGAGCGCAGCUGUAUGACUACCUGAAGAACAGAAUGAUGGCCAUAGCGCCCAAUCUCACUAUCAUGGUGGGAGAGCUCGUGGGGGCGAGACUUAUCUCGCACGCCGGAUCUCUGUUAAAUUUAGCUAAACACCCAGCCUCCACGGUUCAGAUCCUCGGAGCGGAGAAAGCUCUGUUCAGGGCUUUGAAGACCAGGCGGGAUACCCCUAAGUAUGGGCUGAUCUACCAUGCAUCAUUAGUAGGACAGACUACACCAAAGAACAAAGGCAAGAUCUCCAGGAUGCUGGCGGCCAAAGCCGCUCUGGCAAUUCGAUACGACGCCCUAGGAGACGACACCAACGCGGAGAUGGGAACUGAAAACCGAGCCAAGCUGGAGGCCAGGUUACGACAUCUAGAGGACCGAGGAAUCAGAAAAAUAAGUGGCACAGGAAAGGCCUUGGCAAGGGCGGAGAAGUACCAGCACAAGAGUGAGGUGAAGUUCUACGACCCCUCCGGCGACUCCACUCUGCCCUCCGUCUCGAAGAAAAGGAAAUUUGAGGAAGAGGAGGAAGAAGAGGCUGGAGAAGUCAAAGCGAAGAAAGCUAAAGAAAGCGUGUUAGAAGAGGCAGCGGAGACCGAAGUGAGUGAACCGCCCAAGAAGAAGAAGAAAAAGGAGAAGAAGAAGCAGCAGCAGGAGGAGGAGGAGGCAGCAGAGGAAGAGCCUUCCACCAGCAUGGCCGUUGAAGAGAAGACAGAAAAGAAGAAGAAGAAAAAGAAGAAAGUCAAGGAGGAAGAGGAAGACUGAUAAACUGCACAUUUAUUUUUUAAUCUGUUUUUUUUUUCCUUUAUUGUGAAACUGCAAGUACUGUACAAGCUUUUUUUGACUCACGGAUGGUGUGCAGGAAAGAACAUUGACAAAGAAUAAUGCACAGUGAUUUUCCCCAUCCAGUAAUUCAUUCUUGUUUUUACGCGUGUACGGAGACCAAAAUCUGGAAAUGUUACUCCGCGUAAAAAAAAAGCAGCUUACUCUUCAGUUCAUGAAUCAAAUCUGACACAAGAGUAAGGAUGUUUCCAUGAUGGAAUAAGCAGUAUAGCCACCGUGCUUUAGAAAGAUUGGUGGUAACAAUCCGGAGUGUGCAGCUAGCAGGGUCUGGAGGAUUUGUGCAGGCUGGCUGUGUGUCAGUGGCCUCAGGUUGGCUGAUCUGCCAGUGAUUUAUCAUUCUCCUGUACGUGUAGGGUGUUAACAGUGAGAACCGUCUUCUGUUUUAGGCCUCAUCUGUUAUAGGCUUGCAGUUCUAAAACAGUUGGGUAUCUGAGGAGUGCACGUCUUGGCAGAUACCUGUGAAGUUCUUGAUCUGCCACUAGCUGUUGUCCCCAAGUUAAAUUCCUGCAGUGAAGUGCAAUUUGUGAUUUGUAAAAAAAGGCCCUAAAGAGGAGAAUGUAAAAUGUUCCCAGAUCUUUUUGCAUUUCUUUAAUGCAUUAAAUAUUUUACAAUA